AUGAGUUGGCAUCUCUCCUCCCUCUCCCGCGUCUACCGUCUCAAUCUCUCCUUCAACCUUCUCUUCGGCCAGAUCCCUCUCUCCUUGAACCACUUACCCCAUCUCCUCACCCUCUGUCUCAACUCCAACAACUUCUUCGGCCCAAUCCUCGUCCUCUCCCUCCCCAAUCUACAAGUCCUAAACCUCUCCUUAAAUUCCCUCACCGGUCCCAUCCUACCCUCACUCUACUCCUUCCUACCGGCAUCAUUCUCCGGAAAUCCCACCAUCACCACCGGAUCCCCCACCACCACCAAACUAGAUCAGGGCAUCCACCUCUUAGGAAUGAACCACGGCGCUCUGAUCGCUAUCAUCGCCGGUGACCUAGCAGCUCUCCUCAUCGCCUUCACGAUCCUCUUCCUUUACUUCUGGCCCAAGAUCAGAUCCAAACCUCCCUCUUAUCACCUCCACAAAGGUGAGAAGAUCGUCUUCUCCUCUAGCAAGGGCGGUUAUGGCACUGCUUAUAAAGCCGUGCUCCAAGAUAAGAACGUCGUUGCUGUGAAACAUCUUCAGGAGACGGGAUCAGGCUUUGGUAAACGCGAAUUCAAGCAACAAAUGGCGAUUCUUGGCCGGAUCCAGCACCCGAAUAUUGUUUCCCUCAAAGCUUAUUACUACGCUCAUGAUAAGAAGCUUCUUGUGUACGAGUUCAUGCUUGGUGAUAGUGUUUACAGGACUUAA